AUAUGCGGCGACGACUUCGAUUCGGCUCCGAUCCCCUUUAAAUACGCCCUCCGCAUUCUCACUCUCGGCCCCCGCACCUAAACGCUACGAACGAGCCCCAGAGAGAGACUCUAGCGCUCCUCUCCCCUCUCCUCCCCCUUCACCCUUCUCCUUUUUCCCAUCCUCAUCGUUUCUCUCCUUCGCCCAUGGCGUCGCCCGCCUCCUCCACGAUCCAACGAGGCCAGGUCGAUCUCGUCGACUUCGUCGAUUGGAGCGGCGUCGAGUGCCUCAACCAGAGCACCAGCCACUCCGUUGCCAAUGCCUUGAAGCAGGGUUAUAGGGAGGAUGAUGGGCUUCAUCUCGAGAGCGAGGCCGAUGAGCAGCUUUUGAUAUAUAUACCGUUCACUCAAGUGAUCAAGUUGCACUCGGUUGUCAUCAAGGGCCCCGAAGAGGAAGGUCCAAGGACGGCUAAACUUUUUGCAAACAAAGAGCAUAUGGGCUUUAGUGAUGUCAAUGAUUAUCCGUCUAAUGACACAGUUGUUUUAUCCCCUGAGAAUUUGAAGGGGAAGCCUGUACCUGUGAAGUAUGUCAAAUUUCAAAAUGUUCAUAGCUUGACAAUUUUUAUCGAGGACAACCAAGGCGGUGGCGACAUCUCUAAAGUUCAGAAAAUUGCCCUCUAUGGAACAACGGUGGACACGACAAACAUGAAGGAUCUCAAGAAGAUAGAGGAGCACUAACUCGCCCUAACCAUCCCGUAUCCGACCAUAUUUCAUGUGUACAAGAAGAGGAGGGUUUGGAUCUGGUAAGUUACAUGACCAGUGUAAACCAAUAGACCGAUACAAUACAACAUGUUUACUUGCAUAAGAUUAUCAAUUAAAAUUCUGUUGUCACACUAUGCUCGUUGUACUGCUUUACUAUUUAAUCGACUCCAAUUUUUGUUGAGGUUUAGCACACGGUUA